AUGGUUGAGCAAAAUCCUUCUUCUCCUCCAAGUUGUUUGGAGGGAGGGAUAGAUGAGGUGACUGUGGUUAAGCAGAAGUCUUCAGCUUCUCUGGUGAGUAUGCUAGGAGAGGGAGAAAAUGUGACUGUGGUUGAGCAAAAGCUUUCUACUCCCCCAGGAAGUAUGCUGGUAGAGGGAAAGAAAGAGGCCGUGGUCAAUCAAAAGCCAUCUGCUCCUCCAGGGAGUAUGCUAGGACAGGGAAAGAAGUUGAAUGUGGUCGAUCGAAGGCCUUCUCCCAAGGUUCACUCUCUUGAACCCUCUGAAAUAAAAAAGAAAAAGAUACUGCUGCCACCAAAGAGUGUUCACUCUCUGAAAUUGGAUUCCUCAAGUGACAAGAUGCCAGAGACAGAAAAGAAAAUGAAAUCUUCAUCUAAGAUCUUAGGAGGUGUAGAUGCAGGAGGCAAGAAAGACAGUAUUGCUAAUUAUAGAAAACAAAUAAUCAUGCCUAAUGUAUUUGCAGAGAAAUCUUUGAAGACGCCAACUCUUUCAUCUCCUCCAAAAUCUACCUCCGUUAAACCUUUGAUCUUGAGGGUAAGAAGCAAUAAAAGCUUAAAACUGCUGGUUCCUAUGAAGGACCAGAACAAGAUGCGGAGAGAUGGGACAAACAAACUGAACCCUGAAAUGGUUCCUGAGAAAACUUUACGUACUUCCAAAGUGAAAGCAUCACCAAAGUCUUCAUCCCAUUUACAAUCACGUUCGUUGUCUAAUGAAGAAGAUAAAAAGAAAGUUGUUAAGCCUGCAGACAGUGCAUUGGGUGAAUACACCUCUAGCAGAAAAAAGCUAUUGCAUAGAGCAGAAGCAGAAACUGUUGGGAAAAAUCAGAAAAAGACAUUGAGAAAAGGUAAGAAAGGUUUUUCUAAUGAUAACAAUUCUUCGGCAGUGAAACUGAAGUUCAGGAGGGGCAAGAUAGUUGAUCUCCAGCAGGAAACCAGCAGCCCUAGGAGGCUGACAUUUAGAUGGGGACGACAUGUGGGUGAAAGCCAGGAUAGCAAUAUAAGAAAGAGAAUCUUUAAAAAGAAAAGAGUUGAUGGUGACAAAAGUAAUACCAUCCCUAUCUCUGGAAAAAUUGUUUUGAGGCAUCCAGAUGUGCAAGAAAAGAAAGAUGUGCAGGGUUUGUUGAAUAAUGUGAUUGAAGAGACGGCGAGUAAGCUUGUUGAAACCGGGAAGAGCAAGGUUAAAGCUUUAGUGGGAGCUUUUGAGACAGUGAUUUCCCUCCACAAUAAACCUUCUGCUGUGACAGUUUCUUGA